CAUUGGCCAAUAAAGCCUGUACGUAAUCCGUACCCUGACUACACAGGUUCUUUGUAAUUUGUAUCACUGUAUGGAAUAGUGGAAUUACCCAUUUGCAGAUCAGGAAUGUGGUGGUGAUGGUGAUCAGACAUUUUUGUUAGUUCCAAGGAACCUUCAAGUUCAACCAACCAGAGGCAUUUGCAGAGGCAGAUAAAAAAUGAUGAGUUACCACACAAUGUCACAAUCUCACUUUUUCACUUGGGAAGAAGAAGAAGAAGAAGAAGAAGCCAUUGUUCUCUGACCAGGAUUCACUUCCCUCCCCUCUCUCUAUCACUGACCCCAAAGUUCUUCUAUUCAUGUCAUCAUGGCUCCUAAGUUUCCUCUGGAGAACCCAACAACCCACUUUUUCAAGAUCAUAACCCUUCAUGAUCAUGAAGGAAAGCUAAUGAUCCCAAGAGCAUUUGUGGAGAAAUAUGGAGAAGGCUUGCCGAAAACUGUAUUUGUUAAGCCUCCAAAUGGUGCAGAGUGGAAAUUAGAUUUGGUUAAAAGUGAUGGUGAAAUAUGGUUUCAAAAGGGGUGGAAAGAGUUUGCAGAACAUCAUUCUCUAGCUCAUGGCCAUCUUCUGCUUUUCAGAUACGGAGGAACUUCCCAUUUUCAGCUACGCAUCUUUGCUAUGAAUGCCUUGGAGAUAAACUAUCCUGUGAAAACAGUAGAAUGUAAAAGGGCCUCUGAUGCUAAAGGAAAGAAACCGGCAAAUAAUGAAAAUUCAGAAGAUUACAAAGAAGGUCGAAAAAGAAAAGCUAACUUGUCAUUAGAAGUUCUUCAACCAUGUAAAAUGGAAACUGGUGGAUGUGUUAAAGCUGGAAGUGCCUUCAAAUUCCGAAAGACAGCAUCGCCCCAUACUGACAAAAUGUGUAAAGGAAAACAAGUGAUUACUGCUAAGCAAGUUACAGCUCUUGAAAGAGCAAGCUCUUUCAAAAUUUGUAAUCCGUCCUUCCUGAUUUUCAUGCAUCCCUCAUAUAUCCGUGGUUACAUGAAUUUACCACCUGAGUUUUGUCUGAGACACUUAGAUUUGAGCAAACCGCAGGGAGUUUUCAAUCUUCUGUUAAAUGGGAGAGUUUGGACUGCAGGAUACGUAAUAUGGAAAACCAAAAUUGCACUUUCAAGUAGAUGGAGGGCAUUUGUAACAGACAAUAAGUUGAAAGUUGGUGAUGUUUGCACCUUUGAGCUCAUUGCUAAGACUAAUAACACCUUCCAGGUUCACAUCUUUAGAGAGUCAGACAAUGCAAGUUGCUCAACAUCUCAAGUUUCAGAUCUCAGAGCAGGGCAGAAGAGAGAAGCUAACUUGUUAUCAGAGUCUCUUCGCCCAUGUAAAGUGGGAAGGAGUAGAUGUGCUAGAGUUGGAAAUUCCUUGAAGUUGCAAAAGGGGGCAUCGUCCAGUACUGACAAAAAGUGCCUAGGAAAAGAAGGGAUUACAGCCAAACAAGUUACUGCUCUUGACAGAGCAAGAUCUUUCAAAAUUUGCAAUCCAUCAGUCCUGAUUUUCAUGUAUCCGUCAUAUAUUAUCCAUGGUCAGCUGAAUUUACCAUCUAAUUUUUGUCUGAGACACUUAGAUUUGAGAAAACCAAGGGGAUUCAUCAAUCUUGAAAUGUUAAAUGGGACAGUUUCGACUGUAAAGUACCUAAUCAAGAAAAGCAAUACACAAAAGAAAAUUGUACUUGGACGUGGAUGGAAAGCAUUUGUAAAGGACAAUAACUUGAAAGUUGGUGAUGUUUGCUCCUUUGAGCUCAUUGCCAAGACUUGUAACACCUUCCAGGUUCACAUCUUUAGAGAGUCAGACAAUGCAAAUUGUCCAACAUCUCAAGUUUCAGAUAUCAGAGGAGGGAUAAAGAGAAAAGCUAACUUGUCAUCAGAGUCUCUUCAACCAUGUAAAGUGGGAAGGAGUAGAUGUGCUAAAGUUGGAAAUUCCUUGAAAUUGAAAAAGGGGGCAUCGUUCAGUACAGACAAAAGGUGCCAAGGAAAACAAGUGAUUGCUGCCAAACAAGUUACAGCUCUUGACAGAGCAAGCUCUUUCAAAACUUGUAAUCCAUCCUUCCUGAUUUUCAUGCGUCCUACAUAUGUUACCCGUGGUGAGAUGAAUUUACCAGCUAGAUUUUGUCUGCAACACUUAGAUUUGAGCAAACCGAAGGGAGAUAUCAAUCUUGGAGUGGUAAAUGGGAGAGUUUGGACUGUAAAGUACCUAAUCAGGAAAUCCAAAAGAAGAGUGAAAAUUGUACUACCCUCAAGGGGAUGGAGGGUAUUUGUAAAGGACAAUAACUUGAAAGUUGGUGAUGUUUGCACUUUUGAGCUCAUUGUUAGCACUAAUAACACGUUCCUAGUUCACAUCUUUAGAGAGUCAGACAAUGCAAAUAGUCCAACAUCUCAAGAAUCUGUUAAAGUAGAGGAGCUUGUUAAGGACUAAGGAAAUCACUACCACCAAAGAAUUUGUCAAGUGCAUGUUUUUGGUUUUGGCACACUAAGUACCCAAUGAAAAAUUGAACAAACUAGUAAGUGUAACUAAGAAACAUGUGAUAAGUAUAGAGCCCGUUUGUUUUGUGUUAUCGUUACAUUAACUUGGGUUUUCGAUAUAUGGAGUUAUGUUUUCAUACCAAGUA